GCAACAUAAAUUAUUUUUUAAAAGGAAAGGGGAAUUGUUAUUGGGUAUGUUAAAUGAGACAGACACGUGGAAGGGCAUUUCUGGAAAUGGAGAAGUACAUUAAUAAGCGUAAAAAAGGUGCAGAUCUUUAAUAUCCCGCCACUUACGCAUUUUGCCUUGAAUAGAAGUCUUUUUGCUUUCUUCCAUAACCCUUUUCUUCCGCCGGCGCUGCAUUCUUCAGAGCUUCGUUCAGAGUGAAAUUGGUAAGUGAGAGAAAGUUGCAGUGCACGCCUUAAGAAGAAGGAGACCUCGUGAAGGAGGAGGCUGUUAGAAAUUGCAUUCUAAGGCAUGACUACUGCGGGGAAAUCAGCGGUGGUGGUUGAAGUUUUAAUUUCGAAAGGGUCUUCGACAUUCUUCUCUCAUGUCAGAUUGCAUAUCAGCAUAGAAGAUGUUGAGCAUGUGUUGGGCUUGCCGAGGGGAAAUAUUAAGAUAAGUAACAAAGCAAGGAGUGAGAAAUGUAGCUUGGUUGAGGAGUGGAGAGCAGAAUUUGGCAAGAAGGAUAAUAGGAUAACGCCGUUGGAGUUGGGUCAGAAGCUGUUGACAUACGAGGAGGGUGGGGUGUGGUUUGUUCGCUAUUUUGUGUUGUUGGUAGUGGCACUUCUCGUAGAUACUCCAAGCCAUGGUUACGUUAACCCUGCUGUGUUGAAGAACAUAGCUAACAUUGAUUCAGUAGUGAGAUUGAAUUGGUGUGAAUAUGUGCACAGGACAUUGAUAGACAGUGCAAUCAGAUGGGAGGAUGGAAAGAGUAAAUACUUCACAGGACCAUUGAUGUUUCUAAUGGUUUUCUAUGUUGAUAGGGUGGUUCUUUACAAUAGGGAUGUGGAGAGGACAGCACUUGCUUUUGUUGGCUGGACAUCAAAGAUACUUAGGGAUAGAGAGAAUAAAGAAGUGAAGGCUUGUGGAUUUGGUUUGGGAUUUGACGAUGGAAAGUAUGUGUGUGUGAAAUCUGUAGCUGAGGAAAACAACGCGGAUGACAAUGCAAAGGGGGCAGAAGGCAUUGAGGUUCGAGGAGAGAAAGAUUCUAUUAUGAGAGAAGGCACUCAGCAGACUGAGAUGCGAGAUGAGGAUGGUGAUGUCUUGAAGUUUGCAGAAAAGGGUAAGAUGCUGGCAAAGACAGUCGUGGAGUUAAUGUCGUUAAUGGAGGGUGCACCAGCUGAUGCGAUGAAGAACGAUGUUUAUGUGGAAUUGCAGAUUGCUGCUGGAAGGUUACUGGGAUUAGUGAAUAAAAAUCCAAAAGAUGGUGUGCAGCCUGCGGAAUGUGCAUUUUCUGAAUUGUCUUAUGAUGAGUUCAUUUGGAGCGAUCCUUCAAAUAUCUCUAAGUUGGUUGCAUCAGAGGAGGCAGAGUUGGCGAGGAGGAAGUUCAAGCAGAUGGUGGCUGAUAUACCCUCCUUUAGCCUUGGCAUCACACAGGAUGGUGCCUUGCAAGGAGGUGGUGAUCACCAUGUGGUUGAUGUUGGUAAUUGCAGCAACAGUCCAUUUACCCCUAUGCUUGGAGUUAGUAAUGUGAAUCAGGAAAUCGCCAAUGCUUCGAAUGAACCGAGAGGGUGUGGUGAACCUGGAACUAACUUGCAUACGAAAGGUGGGGAAGCAUGUGGCCAAGGGUCUGCCAGUGCUGCCAUAAGAAGACAUGAUACAUCAGUAGUCAAGGAAAAUGAAGAGGGCAUGAUGGAUAAUGUUUUGGGAGAGGCACUGCCUUUUAAAAGUGAGCUAGAAAAGCGAAAUGAACAGCUGAAACCCGCUCGGGUAAUUAAACCAGCAGAAUCUCUACGGUCUCCGUACGUGACAAGAGCAGUGGAUUUGAAUGAUGGUUUGAGUACUGUGGAAAAGAGAUUGGGGAGAUGGAUCUUUAAAAACAGUAGUGCUCCAAGGGAGGAAGUUGUUUUUAAAAAGGGUAAGUUUUGGUUAAGUAGAGAAGAUAUUUGUAGUCUGGACAUAUUGAAACACAUUUCAAAGAAGGUGUUGGAUGCAUGGUGUGUGAUUUUAAAUCUUCGUGAGAAGUACCGGAGCAAUACCUCACCACUACGAUUGAAUAGUGGGACAUCCCAUUGCUAUAAGAACAACAAAUAUAUGCCUACAGAGAAGCCCAACGCGCUGAUAAUGCUUGCAUGAACAUGAUGCGUAUGAAUUAUCUGCGGAGUACAUAACUGAGAACGUCAUACCUCUAUUGUCCUUAAUCGUGUAGUGCAGCUUAUCAUCGAUGUUCUCAACAUGUGUGCUAAAACACGAGAAACAUGCAGCACAAAUCUCUUUUUGCACAUCAUAAAAUACUGACAACGUA